AAAAGCCGUAUUCCUGUUCUCAGUGCUGGAAAUGCUUUUCAAGCAAGUCCAUUCUUUCCAGACAUCAGAGAUCUCACACGGGUGAAAAGCCAUUUUCCUGUCCUGAGUGCGGGAAAUGCUUUACACACAAGUCUAGUCUUUACAAACAUCAGAGAUCUCACAUGGGGGAUAAGCCGUAUUCCUGUCCUGAGUGCGGGAAAUGUUUUUCAGAGAAGUCCAGUCUUUCUAAACAUCAGAGAUCUCACACGGGGGAGUAGCCACUUUCCUGUUCUCAGUGUGGGAUAUGUUUUUCACAGAAAUCUGAUCUGUACACACAUCAGAGAUCUCACACGGGGAAAAGCUGUAUUCCUGUCCUGUGUGCAGUAA